CUGGUUGCUGCGUCAUCUGCUGCUGACGGCGGAAGUUCGGCAUGAACCCCCAGACGUUAAUCAGCGACUGUCUCCUUCACAUUUUCACUUUCCUCCCCGUGGAGGACUUAAUCAGCGCGUCCGGAGUGUGUAAGGACUGGCACGAUGCUGCCGAGACUCAGUGGUUAUGGAGGAGGUUGUGUCUGCAGCGAUGGUUGUUCUGCAGCCAGGUGGUGUUGUCCAGCUCGCACGUCAAUCGCUCCUGGAAGAAAUACUUCCUGCGACGGUCCUGCUUGGAGAAGGAGAUGAAGGACGGGCGGAGUGGCGGGUACACCUGUAAAAGUCUCCGGGGUCACACAGGGAGCAUAGUGGGCGUGGUCUACCUGCAGGUGAACUCACCUGGAAGUCCUGACCUGUGGAGCACAUCUUCCACGGUCUGCAGUGCUGCCACCGACGGUUCGGUCCGAGCUUGGAACGUCCAAACUGGCGAGCAGCUGUGGUGUGGCCAGCAGCAGGGACCUUUGACCUGCGUGACGCGUGACGAGCGAGGAGACUAUGUGGCGACAUCAGACUCCUCAGGUGACAUCAAGGUGUGGCAGGCUCUCACUGGCCAGGAGGUGGCGCUCCAUCACACUGCUUCCCCACACUGCACACUGCUGCUCUUCAACAAGGACCAGGACUGCUUCCUCUCCGUGGGAACCAAUCAGGGAAACUUGGUCACACUAAGUGCACCCAGUCUGAGUCCGAGGUCCACUUUGAUGAUAUCAGACACUUUCAAGGUCAACAUAGUCCUGAUUUCACCUGACAAGAACUGGAUCAUGGCUGGACACAAAGACCACCUUGACUUUAGUCCAAAGGUGGUCUACGCGGAGAGUCUGACGUCCCCGAGUGAGGACCAAGACCCUCUUUGCCAACUGGUGCCAGUCUCCAGAUGCCAGGCUGCCGUUUUCAUGCCCGGCCAGUCUGCCAGGCUGGCCACAAUCCACCGCCCGAAUGGCGGCAACUCCACAGUCCUCUCCGUCUUCCAAGUCUGCCUCCACAAGUCCAAGUACAAGUCUCAGGUCCAAGUCGAGCAGGUGGCGUCCUUCCCUCUGGAACUAAACACAGCGUCCUCCAACAUUCUCCUUGAGGCGAAGGACAGCAGCGUCCUGGUGAUGGCGGCUGAGCACCGAAUGUGGGUGUACUCUCUCAAAGGUGACUUGAUCGCCAGCUAUGAAGAACACAUGAAGACCAUCACGUCCAUGUGUGUGGAUAAUUUCCGUGUAGUAACGGCUUCUCAGGACCUUUCCUUACGUGUGCUGACUUGGAGACAUGACGGAGAUGAUGGAUUGGCGCUGGACAGCAGAUAUCAUCUACUAGGAGGAUCUCACACCAUGUCCAGAGGCUUCACGCACGUCUGCUGUGAUUAUUCCAGCAUCGUUGGUGCCGUCGAAGGGAAGAACGGCAAAGACGUCUUAAAGGCGUACACCUUCACAUCGUGAGUGCUGACGUUAUUCAUGAUAAUGCAUCAUCUGGGUCAUCACAAGACCAAGGCCGGAUCCCAAUGUUACUCUUUAUAACUCGUUCUUAGCCCAAACCAAUUGACUGGAUUUAUGUUGCAAAUAAAAAAACAUUCAUGGGGA